AUGGCUGACUACGCAUCACAGACAGUUGCUCAAUUGAAAGAGGUCUUGAAAGAAAGAGGUCUCAGUACGGAGGGUAAGAAGGCCGAUUUAGUUUCCAGGUUAACAGAGUCAGAUGGUGCAAACUCAAAAGCAGAUAUUACCACCGAUGCAACUGCAGAGCCAUCCACGCUGAAUUCAGUGGUGACUGAAAAUGAAGCCGUCAGUGAAGGUGCAGAAAACAGUGCGCAAGCAGAUACUACAGCAGCCACGACAACUACAGCCUCGAGCGACACCACCACCACCACCACUUCCGACACCAAAGAGGAAAGUAAAGAAGAAGCACCAAAAGUAUUGACCCCAGAAGAAAGGAAAUCUUUAGCUGUUGAAUUGUUGAACAAAAAGAUUGCUAGAGCUGAAAAGUUUGGUGAUGAAGCCGCCGCUGAACAAGCGCGUAAAGAUUUGAAUCGUGUUUCCAAAUUUGGUGUUGAAUUGGGAACGUCAUUGGCCAAAGAAAUCGGUUUAGUUGAUAACAAACUUGGAGAGAAAAAGAGCUAUGGACGUUUCAAGGGAAAGAAGUUUGGAGGGAAACAUCAUCGUGGGUUUAAAAAGAACAAUCGUAGGAAUUAG